AUGAGCCUCUACGAUUUUCAGCCUUGGUACCCAAGGGGAGUUCGCUCCUUUAUCGCCGCCGGCGCGAAUCACUAUGUUGCUACCUUCGACGAGACGACCGUCCUUAAGUUUCCUGUUGCGCCGCGAGAAGAGCGAACAGAUUACCCGGCUGAAGUGCAAAGAUUUCGGAGUAGUGUUAGAGCAGCAGCCGUGAAAGGCUUAGAAGUCGAAAAGCAGAUCCUCCGAGUAUUGGGAAAGCAUCCUAGGAUAAUUCAGCUCAAAGGGAAGCAUGAGGACGGCCUCUUGCUUGAGUAUCUACCAAACGGAUCUAUCGAGCGCUAUCUUCGAAGCAACGCUCCCUACACGACAGUGGUUCAGAGGUUGAAAUGGGGACAACAAAUUGCAGAGGGUCUAGCUUAUAUUCACGAAAAGAAUAUCCUUCAUUGCGAUGUGAGCGUCGGCAAUCUCCUGCUCGAUACAGAUCUAUCUAUCAAACUUUGCGAUUUCCAGGGCAGAUAUCUACACACUAGCGGAAACGUCAUCCUGGACGGAGGAGCAGCUGAAAGUGUCAAGUCCUCAAUGCCACGUCCAAAUCGAAACUACCAGGACCGUAAGACUGACCUAUUCGCAUUUGGCACAGCCCUUUACUUCAUAUUGACCGAUGAACUGCCCUUUCCCGAGCUCGAUGUAGAUGACGAAGAUGAAAUUCGGCUACGAUUCGCGAGGCAAGACUUUCCUCCUCUGGAGAAGCUCCCAGGCGGAGACGUUAUACGCAAUUGUUGGACUGGAGUCUACGACGACGCCUCUAAAGCGAUGGUUGACUUGCAGAGGUGGAUAGAUCUGUUAUUUCUGCCAUAG